CCUGCGGGAACAUUCCAAGGCCUUAAGCAACUGCAGCAACUCAAUCUGGGGUACAGCAGGUUGACGACAAUUCCUGCGGGAGCAUUCCAAGGCCUUGAGCAAAUGCAGACACUCGAUCUGCCCUUUCCAGGACUAAAGAAGCUCCGAUGGCUGAGCUUAGGGUCGAACAAGUUGACGACAAUUCCUGCGAGAACAUUCCAAGGACUUGAGCAACUGCAGGAACUCUAUCUGGAGUACAACGAGUUGACGACAAUUCCUGCGGGGGCAUUCCAAGGCCUUGGUGAACUGUUUAAACUCGAUUUGCAUGGCAACCAGUUGACGAUAAUUCCUGCGGGCACAUUCCAAGGACUUGUUCAACUGCAGGAACUCGACCUCCGCGGGAACCCUUGGCAUUCUUGGAGCGUUUGCAUUAAUUCUUCCUCGCUGCCUCUGUUGUAUUAUUUGUCAGGCGUAAACUUUUGCUAACAUGUUUAGGGACGGAGCGCUUGAAAUGCAUCUGGCCCUUGCAACCGCAGUUUUGGAAGCGCCACAGCAAGUUCAGAAAAGAACUUUACGUCUGAGUUGCCACAGACAUAGCUUGCAGUUCCAUAUUUCACAUCAAAACCUAUCCACCUCGGUCAGCCGGCCUUGAUCAAGGACACCGGGUCACCUUGGUCUCGCCAACGCACAUGAUCCUCAACAUAUUUGAGGUCUAGGCGAUCCUACCAGGGAUGCGAGAUGAUGUGAGGGGGCGCAUCACUUUGGUAGCGGAUCACGUGACGGAGUUCUACGGUUGUUCCGGCUGCGCAGGAAGUGAUUUCCGAAAACCUGAUGGGUUUUUUGGCGCCUGUAAUUUCCUGCAGAAAAGUCUUCGCUGAUUUUCCUGCUGAUUUCAGGAAAUCUCCUGCAAUUUUUUUCCAGCAGCUUGGACUGUAACUAUCUUGGACUUGGAUUAUGG